GGACCUUCCACGGGACCGGACCUUCCCCCGCGCCCGCCGCAGGGCAUGGGCGCCGCGGCUCCGCGCUGCGCUGCCGCGCUCCGGCCCCAUGAAUCCUCGCCGGAGCAAGGCGCCGGCGGCCUGGCCUCGGGAGGGAGGAUGUGGUGAGAGGAUGGGGCUGUGUCCCGCGGGGGCUCGCCAUGGCCAGGGAGGACUCGGUGAAGUGCCUGCGCUGCCUGCUCUACGCCCUCAACCUGCUCUUCUGGUUGAUGUCCAUCAGCAUAUUAGGUGUUUCUGCUUGGCUGAGAGACUACCUGAAUAAUGUUCUCACUUUAACUGCAGAAACAAGGGUGGAGGAGGCUGUCAUUUUGACGUACUUUCCUGUGGUCCACCCAGUUAUGAUUGCAGUCUGCUGUUUCCUCAUCAUAGUUGGAAUGCUGGGAUACUGUGGAACAGUGAAAAGAAAUCUGUUACUUCUUAUCUGGUAUUUUGGAAGCUUGCUUGUAAUAUUCUGCGUUGAACUGGCCUGUGGUGUUUGGACCUAUGAGCAGGAAAUAACGGUUCCAGUGCAGUGGUCGGAUAUGAUCACACUGAAAGCCAGGAUGACCAAUUAUGGCCUACCUAGGUACCAGUGGCUGACCCAUGCUUGGAAUUUCUUCCAGAGAGAGUUUAAAUGUUGUGGCGUGGUGUACUUCACAGACUGGCUGGAAAUGACAGAAUUGGACUGGCCACCUGACUCCUGUUGUGUCAGAGAGUUCCCAGGGUGCUCUAAGCAGGCACAUCAUGAGGAUCUCAGUGACCUUUAUCAGGAGGGAUGUGGUAAAAAAAUGUACACAUUUUUGAGGGGGACGAAGCAAUUGCAAGUGCUGAGAUUUCUAGGAAUCUCCAUUGGAGUAACGCAGAUCCUGGCUAUGAUCCUCACUAUUACUUUGCUGUGGGCUCUCUACUAUGACAGAAGGGAUCCCAGAGCAGAUCAGAUCAUGGCACUGAAGAGUGAUACCUCGCAGGAGCUGUCAUGUCAUUCCAUGGAGCUGCUGAAACCAAGCCUGACCAGGAUCUUUGAACAUACAUCCGUGGCAAACAGCUUUAAUACACAUUUUGAAAUGGAAGAGCUGUAAGUGAUGCAAUGAAUCUGCGAAGUCACAGAGGAUUUUUUGUUUUGUUGUCAUUUUUGUUCUGUUACAUCAAAUAUACCAGUCUUCUUGUGUGUCAGAAACCAGCUAAGGAAUGGAAGUGAAGGAGACCAACAAAGAAAGAUGAUGAGCCUGUUGUCAGCCUCCUAGCUAUGUCCUCAGCUGCGAAAAAAGUUGAUUUUGUGUGUUUGUUUUUUAAAAGGCACUCAUUCAGUUGGGUACAGUAACACUCAUUGUCACAAGCUGUGUGUAGUGUAAAACACUGACUCAGUCACAGGUAGACUGAACCUGGAAGGAAGCGUCAUGGGAAGGGAAAAGAUACACUCACCUUCUGAAGAAACAACUGUGCUUUGAGCCAACAAAAUGUGACUUCAGCUGCAAUUGACUUUUAAUAAGCCAUUUGGAAAAUGUCUUAAUCAGGGAUCUAUGUUUGUGUAAUUUUGUGUUUUCAUGUGUGCAUGGAAAGCAGAGCUACAAUUCAAGUUAGUACUUGGAUUUAAAAAUUUGCAAGAUUUGUAAAAAGGGCAAGAUUUUCUUUUUUCUAACAAAACUUUUAUCUUAGCUUUUGUUCUUAAAGAUGUUCUAAAACUUCUAUUUUUAUCUAACAAUGAUUUUUUAAAUUUUAAAUAUAUUAAACAGGGAUUAAAACCAAAACUAUAGCUAUGGACAAUAGAUUUUAGUUUUCUGGAGAAUUCUUCUUUCAAAUAGUUUGUUCUGUGGACUGUUUCUUAGUAAAAAGGAGGAAAACCUUAAACAUUCUUUCCAAAAUGGGAAUCAAUAUGGGAGUAGCACAUUUUUAUAGAUAGAUCUUUUCUCCUGUCCUUGAUUCCCCUGAAACUAGAAGCAAAGGACUGCAAGAAAAAUGCUUACAGUUCUGGAUGCUAUUGCAAUAAUUGUAAAAGUACAUGAGGAAAAAAUUUACUUCGGUGUCUGCUUCAUUAGGAGUUCUCUGGUGGCUUAAAAUGCCAGCUAGAAACAGAUUAAAAUGUAUUUAUUGAGGUGGGGAAAGUGCAUUUUACUGUAUGUUUAUGAACGUCUAUGACAUAGGAUUAUUUUUACAAUUGGCCACGCUCUUGAAAUAUGUAUUUCUUCCACUGAGUAUAGUAGUUUGUGGCAAAUGGGCUUUUCAAGUAAUAUUACAUUUAAAAAAAUCCUUUCAUUUGUUUUGGAAUUUGUUAAAAAAAAAAAAAAAAGCGAGGUGUGAUUUGGUAGACAAUAAAAUUACUUUCGUCUUAAA